AAAUGGAUGGAGAUGUGACUGACAAAGUGUCUAGGUCUGAGCGUCUUGUGGCACCUCUCCUCUUGCACGAGCAGAUCCCGAAAGAACAUCGUUAUGGGGCCCCUUCGUGGUCAAAUCUUCGGAAGGGUUGGGAAGUGCGCAGUAGGAUACCACAGAGAUGCUAGAUCGUGAAAAGCAAAACCCGACAGCCGGAUGUACCGAAUUGCAUGAUGUGAAGUGAAGGUCGUGGAUUGAAUAUCAUCAUGCAAUCGCAGGUAUAAAUAGGAAGCGUUCCGACAGUCUUCAAGUUCUUUAUCCAUCGUCUAUCAUCAACCACAGCAGCAACAGCAAAGCUCACUAUAACUUACAUCACUUCUUCAGCAUCGUGAAAUCGAUACUUCUUAUCACAAAAUGGCACCAGUUUUGAAGAAGUACAAGGCCGCAGCAGUCAAUGCUGAGCCAGGAUGGUUCGACCUCGAAGAAUCUGUCAAGCGAACUAUUCACUGGAUCAACGAAGCUGGAAAGGCUGGCUGCAAGUUCAUUGCUUUCCCCGAGCUUUGGAUCCCGGGCUACCCAUACUGGGCCUGGAAGGUAAAUUACCAGGAGAGUCUGCCACUGCUCAAGAAGUAUCGCGAGAACAGUCUGCCCUCAGACUCUGAGGAGAUGCGUCGGAUUCGUGAGGUAGCCCGUGCCAACAAGAUCUUUGUCUCUCUGGGCUAUUCGGAACUGGAUCUGGCCAGUCUUUACACCACCCAAGUCCUCAUCUCUCCUACCGGUGAUAUUCUGAACCACCGUCGCAAGAUCCGCGCUACCCACGUCGAGCGUCUGGUCUUCGGAGAUGGUACUGGUGAUACCACUGAGUCUGUUAUCCAGACCGAGAUCGGCCGUGUGGGACACUUGAACUGCUGGGAAAAUAUGAACCCUUUUAUGAAGGCGUAUGCUGCCUCUCUUGGUGAGCAGGUUCACGUUGCUGCUUGGCCACUGUAUCCCGGAAAGGAGACACUGAAGUACCCCGAUCCUUUCACCAACGUGGCUGAAGCCAAUGCCGACCUCGUUACUCCGGCCUAUGCUAUUGAGACGGGCACCUUCACCCUGGCACCUUGGCAAAGCAUCACCGCCGAGGGUAUCAAGCUGAACACGCCCCCCGGAAAGGAGCUCGAGGAUCCCCACAUCUACAAUGGCCAUGGCCGUAUCUUUGGCCCUGAUGGACAGAAUCUUGUUCCUCACCCUGACAAGGACUUCCAGGGUCUGCUGAUUGUUGACAUUGACCUGGAUGAGUGCCAUCUCUCCAAGUCCCUGGCUGACUUCGGAGGACAUUACAUGCGUCCUGACCUCAUUCGUCUGCUUGUCGACACUAACCGCAAGGAUCUUGUUGUUCAUGAGGAUCGCGUAAAUGGAGGAGUUGCUUACACGCGUACCGUUGAUCGGGUGGGACUGUCGAGGCCUUUGGAAGCUGCGACCCCCAAUGGUGAACAGGAAGAGUAGAGUCAGGUUCUGGCAGGUCCAAUAAGGCGUAACCAAUGUUAUCUCUCCACUCAUCCGACUGUACCACUAUGAAAUGCAAUGCAAUAUAUUCCCAUCAUCCGGCCAAUUAGGGUUCCGCUGUCUAGACACUAAAUCGGAUAAGUUUCGAGUCUUAUUAUCC